CUCCAGUCCCGGCAGCUUCAUAUCGCCGACCCGCUGCCCUGGGUCUCCGAUGUGAGCAACACUAUCAUCUGAAGAAUGGAAUAAACAUGGCCCACAACCGCAGCUUUCUCUUUGAAGCCCUGGAUAGAUCAGAGGCCAGACGGGAUGGAGGCUACAAACACAACAACUGGAGCUUUUCUCUUUCUGGUGACAGCAAAGAGGAGAGGAUUCAUGAGAGAGAAUGAAGAUUGUGUUACGAAGAAGGAUACUGAUAAGCAAAAUCUCUGGCGCGGUGAGUGUGGAGGAGAUGGACCGGCAGCAGCCCACUCCCCCCGAGGAGACCAAGUCUCCGACCAUGCGGCACUUCACUUCUUCGGACCCUUUGAGGACGUAUGAGAACCGCACGAGUAAUCACAUCAGGCCUCUCAACAAGCUGCUGCCCAAAAGGCUCAGCGACGUCCCUCUCACGUUAGCGACAUCGUCCCCGAUCCCCAACAGAACAAACUACUUCAUCAUCAGCCCGACGCCUUCGCAGGGAAUUGUUCUGCAGGGGAGACACUUCCAGCAUGCCCAGAUGCCCUCUGCCAUACGCAAGCCAGUCCAAAGCCUUGAUUUAAAAGAAAGAAGCGACUUCUCCACGUCGCAGCAGGGUGUGGAGGUGGACAGCAUCGUCCUCACCUGUCCAGAGAUCUCAGAAGAGGAGCAGCAGAAUAUAAAGCGGCUUGUUGAGCAGAAGAGGAAAAUUCUGGAGGACCCCUCGCAGGUCAAUGCUGCAGAGCCGGUGGGGCCCAUCGUUUACCACACGGUGUGCAUGAAGUGCAACAAGCCCAGCGAGGACGUCCGCACGUGCAGGACCUGCGGCAGCGGGGCGUCGCUGCUUUCUUCCCCGACCCCCCGGCCCCCCAUCCGGGCCCAACCCUCCCCGGGACCCACCAGCCUGCAGCAGAGCUUCUACAAGCCGGCCUCCACCGUGAGGGGCCCGCGGGGGGAGGCCCUGCCCGUGCGCAUCAGUGGCUCCAGAGGGACGCUGCUGCCUCUGAGCAACGGACUGUUAGCCGGGGGGUCGGGGUACUGCGGAGCCAGGAACCCCCCCGGCAAAGGGAAGAGGACGGCUGCGGCGCAUCGGCACGAACUCAACGACCCCAUCGUGCUGUCCAGUGAUGAAGAGGAGGAGGCGGACAACGCUAGCACAGGAAGUGUGAGCCGAUUGGACAGUUUGUCCCCCCGCCCCGCAGACUCCGCCCACUCCUCUCCGGCGCCCUCCGGAGGACGGGUGGAAGCAGCGGUGAAGAGCGCCGGCGAACAAGAGGAGCUCGGCGCAGAGUUCUUCGAAGACGUCAACAUGAAGAUCACGAUACCACGGAGAUCCCGGAUGAAGGACCAGUUUGGGAACCAACCCCCCGAGCAGCUUUCACCCAGACUGAAGAAACCUAAAUUAUCUCCCAACAAAUGUGACAGCAUCAUCCUGGAGUGUCGGAGCGUCCGGAUAGGAACGCUGCGCCGGAUGGUGACCAAGCCCGUCGUCUUUUCCAUCGACCAGAUCCAGCUGGAGACUGAAGGGCUGGAACGUAACUCGGUGGAGAACGUGAGCUUCCAGACGUCGGAAUUGAUCAGCUGUGAGUGGUGUAACGUCCGGAAACUCCCCGUCCUGUUCUUCCAGACGACGGCGGAGGAGUGUGUGCGUCUGCGCACGCAGCUCAGCAUGACUGAGGAGAAGGGGGGGGAGUGGUACGACUGUGCCGGAGACCAGUCGGACGAGAAGUUCAUCGUCCUGAUCUUCGAGAACGGCCUGGCGAUGAAGGAGCAGGCCAUCCUGGAGGACAUCCUGGGAGAGAUCGGCCGGAAGAACAACCUCAGCAACUUCCCCGCCAAGCUGCCCUUCGAGGAGGCCAACAUCCGGCUGGUGAACUACAACAAGGCGUCCAAACAGAAGGAGGACAAGGAGAAGCCGCUGCAAGCCUCGCAGGGAUCCCCUGUAGCCAAGGCAACGCAGGCGACCCCGCUGAGCCCGGGCGCCAUGACGACACGGACUAGCAUGUCUACCCGGCAUCACAGCAGCUUCUUCGAGGACGAAGAAGAGGACAUGACCGACCUGCAGCCCACCUUCUCCGGACCAAUCAUCAAAUUAAUGGUGUACCCCCCUCCUCCAGCCAAAGGAGGAAUCUCCGUCACUAAUGAAGACCUGCACUGCCUCACUGACGGAGAGUUCCUCAACGACGUCAUCAUAGACUUUUAUUUAAAAUAUUUAGUUUUAGAGAAAUUAAAAAAAGAGGACGCUCAGAGGAUCCACGUCUUCAGCUCCUUCUUCUACAAGAGACUGAACCAGAGGGAGAGGAGGAGCGCUCCGGAGACCAGCAACCUGCCAAUCCACAAGAGGAAGCACAACAGGGUGAAGACGUGGACCCGGCACGUGGAUCUCUUCCAGAAGGAUUUCAUCUUCGUUCCCAUCAACGAGUCAGCUCACUGGUACCUGGCGGUGAUCUGCUUCCCGGGUCUGAACGGUCCCCUGUUUGAGCAGAACCCUCUGUACCCCUCCCCUUCGUCCUGCGCCCCCCCCUCAGAGGAGAGCAUCCCGGAGCACUGCCGCCCUCUGUCCCCCGAUGGGCUGGACCCCCCCUCAGAUACCCUCUCUGGCCCCCAGGCCUCCACAGAGGAAGGGACUGAAGGAGACUCUGCUGCCUCAUGCACAGAGGGGGCGCCUGCACAUCCCCCCACAGAACCACAGUACACAAGUGAGUUGCACAGAAUCAGUGUGAGCUACGCUUCAGUUAAAGAAGACGACGACCCCUUCGGCUUCUCUGACGACCAGAGCUCCUGUCAGGAUGAGUGCAGUGAUGACGGGGCCCCCCCUGAAGACCCUCUCAGCUCUGAAUCUGCCUCCAAGCUGAACGUCUGCAGACAGCCUUGUAUCCUCAUCAUGGACUCGCUGCGAGGCCCGGCCCGCUCCAGCGUGGUGAAAACCCUGCGAGAGUACCUGGAGGUGGAGUGGGAGGUGCGUCAGGGCACGCCGCGGUGUUUUGGGAAGGACGUGAUGAAGGGCUCCAGCCCCCGAGUGCCUCAGCAGGACAACUUCAGCGACUGUGGAGUGUACGUCCUGCAGUACGUCGAGAGCUUCUUCGAGAAUCCGAUCCCCAGCUUCCACCUGCCCGUGAACCUCUCCGACUGGUUCCCUCAGCAGCGGAUGAAGACGAAGCGCGAGGAAAUCAAACAGCUGAUCCUGAAGAUCAAAGAGCAACAGGAAGCGGAGAGGAGGGACGUCCCGGUGCCCCCCCCCCGCUGUCCCGAAGCGCCCGACAUCCAACAGACUCCCGAGCCUCCAAAUUUACCCGCCGGCCCCUAAGACCCCCCCCCCCCCCCCCCCCCCACCCCUUACCUUUCCCCCAUUGUACGCUGCUGGUUUCCCCUCGCCCCCGUUUCCCACAGACAUUAAACACACCUUUAACUUUGUAUGGAUUAAAGACGUCGUGUAAAUACACCGGAGGUUCUCCCGCUGCCUUUGUAACUCAUGGCCUGUUAACUUAUGUUUUCAUAGAUCCGUGCAGGAAACCCGGACUGCACCGCGCCAUUAUUUUUUAUGCUUCCUAACCAUGUAAAGAACGAUCAUGAAGAGGAGGAGGAGGAUGAAAUAAAACUAGAAGUUGCUGUAUUUUUGUCGGUUUGGAAACUGUUCUCAGUCGCCUGCGUUCGUCAGUGCUUGUUGUGUCUCUUCGAUGUGGACUGGAAGAAUUUUACGCAUUAAAAGCAACUCCAGCUGCCUGUGUGUGUGUGUGUGUGUGUGUGUGUGUGUGUGUGUGUGUGUGUGUGUGUGUGUGUGUGUGUGUGUGUGUGUGUGUGUGUGUGUGUGUGUGUGUGUGUGUGUGUGUGUGUGUGUGUGUGUGUGUGUGUGUGUGUGUGUGUGUGUGUGUGUGUGUGUGCGCGCUCAUCAUUGGGAGAAACUUUGGACGAUAGGGGAAUCCCCAUCUGUUGAAGGUCAUUUGUUUUAGUCAAAAGCCACGAAAGUCAUCUUGAAUAAAGACAUUUUUAUGAA